UUCAGAACACACUGGUCAUUAAGACUCCAAAGAAAUCUCCACUCACAUUGAGGAUGGUGGUUCUAUUCUUUGCCAUGGUUUGUGGGGUCUACAUAUGCUCAAUAUGUUUGAAGCAGAUGAGCCAAAACACAAAGGCCAAAUUCCUCAACAUCAAAGUGGUUAAUAAUGACCAUCAAAACUCUUGUCCAUCUUCUGCUCAUAAUAAUGAUAUUGUUCUAGAUCAAUCUUUGCACUACCCACAACCCGGAACAUUCACAAGGGAAGAAUGUGGGUGCAAUCCGGUUAGGUACUUUGCGAUAUUGUCAAUGCAGAGAUCAGGAAGUGGAUGGUUUGAGACUUUGUUGAACAGCCAUAUCAAUGUUAGCUCAAAUGGGGAGAUCUUUUCUGUUAGAGAGAGGAGGAUGAACAUCUCUUCAAUUGUCAAGACAAUGGACAAAGUUUAUAACCUUGACUGGUUCACCAGUGCUUCCAAGAAUGAGUGUUCCGCCGCCGUCGGAUUCAAAUGGAUGCUAAAUCAGGGUCUGAUACAGCAUCACAAAGAGAUUGUUGAGUACUUCAAGAAGAAAGGAGUGUCAGCCAUAUUCCUUUUCAGAAGGAAUUUACUCCGCAGAAUGAUUUCUGUACUUGCAAAUUCUUAUGACAAAGAUGCCAAACUACUAAAUGGAACCCACAAGUCUCACGUGCAUUCCCCUUUGGAGGCUCAAAUACUGGCAGAAUACAAGCCAAAGAUUAAUGUCACAUUAAUGAUGGACGAACUUAACAAAGCAAACGAAACAAUGACCAGGGCAAUAGAAUACUUCAAGAGCACUCGUCACAUUGUUCUUUAUUACGAAGAUGUCGUCAACAAUCGCACCAAACUCAAGGACGUUCAAGAAUUCCUAAAGUUACCAUACAGAGAGCUUGAGAGCCGCCAAAUUAAGAUACACACAGCCCCUCUGUCCAAACAAGUGGAGAACUGGGAUGAUGUUCAGAAAGCACUUAAUGGGACAUCAUUUGGGAGUUACCUCUAUUAAUCAGAGACUAUUAGUUUUGUCUCAAAAGAUGUAUAUAGGUUAUAGCAAACUUCACCGUCAAAUU